AUGUCUAGCCCCACCGUUAAGCUGAGCAGUGGCUUCGACAUGCCCCUUGUGGGCUUUGGCCUGUGGAAGGUCAACAAUGAUACCUGUGCUGAUCAGGUCUACAACGCCAUUAAGGCAGGUUACCGUCUUUUUGAUGGCGCAUGCGACUAUGGAAAUGAGGUCGAGUGCGGACAAGGCGUAGCUCGUGCUCUGGAAGAAGGCAUCGUCAAACGUGAGGAUCUGUUCAUCGUGUCUAAGCUAUGGAACAGCUUCCACGACGGUGACAAAGUCGAGCCGAUCUGCCGUAAGCAACUAGCCGAUUGGGGUAUUGACUAUUUCGACUUGUACAUUGUCCACUUCCCUAUCUCACUCAAGUACGUCGACCCGAGCGUGCGCUACCCACCCAGCUGGCAAAACGCCGAGGGCAAGGUAGAGCAAGGCAAGGCCUCGAUCCAAGAGACCUGGACAGCCAUGGAGAAUCUGGUUGACCUAAAGCUGGCCCGCAGCAUUGGUGUCAGCAACUUCAGUGCCCAGCUCCUGAUGGAUUUAUUGAGAUAUGCCCGUAUUCGUCCAGCUACUCUGCAGAUUGAGCACCACCCCUACCUAACUCAGACCCGCUUGGUCGACUAUGCCCAGAGCGAAGGUAUCAUAGUGACGGCUUACUCGUCCUUUGGUCCUCUGAGCUUCAUCGAGUUGAGCCUCGAAGAUGCACAGAGUACUACAUUGCUGUUUGAGCACGAUGUUGUCAAGGGUAUUGCUGAGAAGCAUGGUCGUACACCGGCUCAGGUGCUACUGCGCUGGGCUACUCAGCGAAAGAUUGCUGUUAUUCCGAAGAGUAACAACCCAUCCCGUCUGGCACAAAACCUGCAGGUCACCGACUUUGACCUGGAGAACAGCGAGGUCGAUGCCAUCAAUGCCCUUGAUAAGGGUCUCCGCUUUAAUGACCCUAUUGCUUACGGCCUUUAUAUCCCCAUUUUCUAA